GUAAUUUGUAUUUUUGCUCUCAUUUCCCUGGAUUCAAGCCAGCUGCUUCGCGAUCCUCCGGUGCUCUAAAUGAAAACCAUGGUUUAACUCGAUCUCUUUCAGCCAAUGGCUAAUGUGCGGGAAGUAUUGAGACAAUUUCGGAACUUGAAGGACAGAAUUUGGGGGUGUGCUAUUGUGAUAAAGUGUUCGACAAGGAAGACCGGGCAAGACAUGUAGAACAUUAGCCCUGCGAAGAGGACAAAGAGAAUGAUAAACGUCUCAAUAAUGCCGUGUAAGCUAUAUGUUAAACACACCAUAAACGGUAUAUUGAGCCAUCAUUCCAUCAUCUUAUAUUUCGGAACAAUUCCGUCACUAAUGUUCUCGACUCAGAUAGUUAUGAAAUACUACACGACCAAACUAGAGCUAGAUAGUUCCCAAAACAAUGUUUAAGCGUGAGUAGGGAAAACUACGUUCUAAGUGAUGAUAUGAAUACCUUCAUGACAGAGACUUGCAACAAAGAUAUUGACUUCCGAGAGUUGCUCACGAUUAACUGAAGUUCGAGUUGGUUCUUCUGUGAAGCUUUUGGGAGCACCAAGGCCAU